AACUAGGGUAGAUUUUCAGCCUUUUUAUUUUUCCUCCACCAUGCACCCCUAAUUUUUAGCUCCAUCCCUUUCCCAUUUCGUUUUCCCUUUCUCCCUUUUCGUUUUCCCCUUCCUUGAAAGUAAUAAGAUGUUUUAGAAUGGGGUUUUGAGGGUGUUUAAGGUCACUGUCCAGUAAUAUUCGAAGCGUUUUGGCACAUUCUUGUUUGUAGGAGUAAGCUUAUUCUCACAACUACGAGAAUGGUAUCAGUGCUAUUUGGUUAUGUUUAGUGCGGUGUAGUUCCAAACUCUGGAUACGUUUCAGACUUAUUCAGAUACAUUCAGCUAGGUCCCAAAUCAUUUUUUAUAAGUUUUCCAGGUGAAUUUGUUGUUAAGUUUAUUUAUGGUUUCCAUUGAGUUGUAUGUGUUUAUAAGUCUUUUUUGUUUAUGUUUAUAUAUUUUGCCAAAUUCUAGUUUGUUGUUUUUUCUAUUAAGUUCAUGAGUAUCAUUAACUUGAGUUUAUGUUGAAUUGUUUAUGUGUGCUUUUGUAUUUAUGUUUAUGCAUUUUGUCAAAUGAAUUUCGGAUUUAUUAGUCUUUCCUCUUAGUUUGGAAACAUUCAAGACAGAAGUAAGAAGACACUUGAGUUCAAGUUGGGUGUAGUGAUACUAACGACUUCAUUGGAAAAGAGCUAGCUGUAGUGAAACUGACAAUGAGACUUCAUGAAGUAUUUAAGCUCAAAAAGAUAAUCAUUUAGGGUUAAUUUUAAGGUUUUAGAGUCUUGUACUUAUUAUAGUUACCAAUUUUGUUUAUCUUUGUAAGUUGAAUAUAGCUUGUGGAGGGACGAAUAAUUAUAUUAUUUUUGUUGAAGUGAAUUAGUUAAUUGUUAUAUUUGUUGAAAGUUUAGUAUGCAAAUAUCUUAUUACUUUAUUAUAUCCAUAUAAAUAUUUGUUAGUCAACAUUCUUCGAUGUCGGUCAGUAUCCCCUAUAAUGUCGGUUUUUGGCUGACAUUAUAGCCUAGUUUUGUUCUAGUGAUAACAACUUUAUAUAUUAAAUUAAAUAUUAUUUUUUAAAUUAAUGAAAUACCUUUAAUGACGUUUAUAUAUGUUGCAAAAGAUACUUGCAAUGACCAUUGAUUCACAUUUAGUAACAAUCUUAUAACUUAACUUUUAGAGAUGAGUUUUCAAUAUCACUGUAUAACAAAAAUAGCGACAAAACAUAUGUUGCUAAAAGUACGCUUUUAGUAAUGUUAUAGCAAGUUUUAGCGGCACGUAGUAAGUAUGUCACUAAAACUUUCAAUUACAUGGCUACCGCGACAUUCACAGCGGCACGCCUCUACGUGUUGCUAAUACUUUUAGCGGCAUUUUGCUUUAACAACGCAUUUUACUCGCCACUGAAAGUUAUUUUUCUUGUAGUAUCAAGAUAAAUCUCAUUUAUAUUAAUUUUAUUUUAUAGUUUUAAUAUGAAUUCAAUUCAUAUUCAUUUAAUAUUGAAACCUCGUUCAAAUAUUAAUACUCUCAUAUUUUAAAGUUUAAACUUGAAUCUCAUUCAAAAUUAACUUUAUAUUAUAAUGUAUCUGUAUGCAUUAUAUUAGUUGUAUCAUAUACAAUAAACAUAAAUUUCCUUAUUUAAUAUGAACAUUUCAAUUUUUUUAAAACUAAUUAUUCUUAUUUUACCCUAUGUGAGCUAGUAGAGACCUAAUGGACCUACAAUUAUAAGCUCUAAUGAUCAGAGAUUAAUGAAUUGAACUCUUUAAUUAAAUUAGUUAACAUUCAUUAACUAUGAGACACUCCACUAAAGACCUAUAGUUGCACUCUUAUGAACUGUAGAAUAUUUUGUGUCAAUUGAUAUAACCAUUACAUAUAAUUCGAUCAUUCACAAGUUGUUCGUAAUUAUAACUAGGUCAAAUUAUCGUUUUACCCCUGUAAUUACCUCUUGUUCCUUAAGUACUACUGAUCCUCUAAUGAACAAUCUAUUUAUGGUACAACCAUAAACUAAGCUCCUUAGCCCAGUGAGAGGGUAGGACCCAUUAUUCAAGUCCUAGAGUCAGUACUUAAGGGAAUAACUUAUCUACUUACCCUAAAGGCGGGAAGAAGUGAAUUCCAUCUUUUGUAGCUUUGUUUUCAACUUCCUACUCGGUCUAUUCCCAAAAUGGUAGACAUAUUGAGUUGGUGACUUGGGUCACUCUCACCCAUACAAAUCAUGGACGAUCCCUCAUAUCUAAGAGUCUAUAACUCACUCAGGAUUGAGAUUGAAUUACAUAGGUCGUCGUUUGAAAUAUGAAUCUCUUCCGUCAACAAUGUUACAAAGAGAGAUUAUAUAUUUCAUGGUCCAAUCUUAUUUAAAGUCAUUGUAUAGGAUACACCAACUCGCAUAUCUCUAUAUGAAUGAUGAGAUCAAAUGUCAAUUACUUUUUUAUUUGAUUCUUUGCUUGUUGAUUGUUUAUGUCAUAACACACAUAAUUAUUUUUCAUCCACGAUGGAUGAAUGACGUGGUCUACAAAUUUACCUUUAAACAGAAUGGUAAUAACUCCCAUCUCACAGUUGUAGCAUUAAAUAUGGCCAUCACAAUAUAGAGAAACGGUAGCAAUAUAAUUAAUGAAGUGGGAAAGGGAAAAAGGGUGCAAUAUUUUAAGUUUAUCGCUUUUCCCUUCAAUUAGCCCAAACCCUAUAAACUUAGGGAAGAACCUCCCCAAAUGCAAUAUUGCAACUCCUCUUUCUUUCUCUAGAGUUAUUGAGAAUAUAACACUAUCUUCGUUAGCCAAAGAAUUGUUAUUGUGUGUCAUUUAUAUUGCCAUUGUUGCUUUGAUCUUUCUUUUCUCUUGAGAGCUAUGGUGAGAGCUCCUUGUUGUGAAAAAGUGGGGCUGAAAAGGGGAAGAUGGACAGCUGAAGAAGAUGAGAUUUUGAUCAAUUAUAUUCAAGCCAAUGGUGAAGGCUCAUGGAGAUCCUUGCCCAAGAAUGCAGGAUUGUUAAGGUGUGGAAAGAGUUGUAGACUGAGAUGGAUUAACUAUCUAAGGACAAACGUGAAGAGAGGGAACAUCACAGCUGAGGAAGAACAACUGAUUGUAAAGCUACAUAAUGUUUUUGGCAACAGGUGGUCUUUAAUUGCGGGACAUUUACCUGGCCGAACAGACAACGAAAUAAAAAACUAUUGGAACUCUCAUCUAAGUCGAAGAAUCUAUACCCUAACACGACCUUCUGCCAAGUCUUCUUCACUCAUCACUGGCAUCCUCGAUAUUUCUCCUGCAUCGAAGCGAAAGCGAAACAUCAGGAAAAACCAACAAUUACAAGCUGCUACAAUCAAAGGGAAAGCAAUAGAAGAAGGGUUGAACCCAAAAGACGAUCAUAAAGGAGAUCAAAAUAGAUUGAAAAAUGUAGUAUUGAGCCCCGUAAUGGAUGAUGGAAGUGGAGAAGAUUUGGGACCAUAUGAUUGGCUAGAUGGUGAAAUAAAGAGACUGAAUAAUGAAAUUAAUGAAUGCGGAAUGGUGGAAUCAAGAGGAAAUAAUGGAUGCAAUGAGAAAGUGACAUGUACUACUGAAGAUCAUCAAAAUGGGUCAUGUUCUUCUUCUGUGAAUUCAGCUUUGGAAAAUGAUCAAUGGAUGAAUUGGGAUUGGGAAGAUAAUGGAUCAGUUGAAGGAUGUAAUUUGGACCAAUGGGAGCUUGAGAAAAUUUCUUCUUGGUUAUGGGAAACGGAUCAAAUUGAUCAAUGUAUUAUCGAGAGUCAGGCUUGCUACGAAAUAGACAGGCAAAGCUAAUGUUUGAUUAUAUAUAUUUAACUUAUAAAAUCAUAUUUGUUUAAUGGUAA